UUAGACAAGAAUGUUCCUGGGUGUGGACUGCCUUGUAUAAUUAACUGCACAGCUGUAGCUUCUGAUCCCCUGUAACGUCUGCUCCUUUCUUUCUCCUUGCGUCUACCUAGCAUAAUCCAGGCGUUCUCCUCCUCCUCGCAGGAGCUCCAGGUGCGUCAGUUGGGCAGAAACUUCUCUGCAUUCCACGGUCAUUCCUCGCUGAGACAACAACCAGGCAGACGUACCCGCUUUGUAGAGGGUUGAGCGACAGGAACUGGAGGAAAGACUGAGCAGUGAAGCCAAUUCGCCCUGUUUAGACGAUGGAAACGGGGACUGCAGCAAGGACAAACGGUACCACUGGGAAGCCAGAGGAUGUGAAGAGUCCAUCUGCCCCCAAAAAAGAAGAAGAAGUGAAGAAGACCACAAACACUAGUGGAGGUGAGAAGGAACCUAUGAAGGGCACUGGCAGUGCUUCUCUGGAGACAGGACAAAUCAAGAGCUCCCUCUUCUCAGGGAGUGACUGGAAGAGGCCCAUCAUUCAGUUUGUGGAGUCGUCCGAUGAGAAGAGAUCGACCUACUUCAGCAUGGAUUCAGCAGAUUCAAAGAAGAUGCAAUAUGCCAGUGGACAGAUAGGAGACAUGAGGAGACCACCUCUCUCCUUUGCAGAGAAAGGCGAUCUUCGGAAGUCCCUCUUCUCCUUGGAUUCCAAAAAGAGCUUCCUGCCUAGUGAAGGGGAAGGGAGGAAGUCAUUGUUCUCUGGGGGGCAGAUGGGAGACCUGAAGAAAACUUCCCUUCCUCUGGUGGAGACAGGGGACCUGAGAAGACCCACCUUCAACAAGCUUGACAGAACAGCUGGGUCACGGCCCAGGGUGAAGCUCGAGGAUGUUCUGUGCGAUUCCUGCAUCGAUAACAAGCAAAAGGCUGUGAAGUCCUGCUUGGUGUGCCAGGCUUCCUUCUGUGAGCUGCACCUCAAGCCCCAUCUGGAAGGAGCAGCCUUCCGGGACCACCAGCUCCUGGACCCCAUCAGGGACUUUGAAGCAAGAAAAUGUCCUGUGCAUGGGAAGACCAUGGAGCUGUUCUGUCAGACAGACCAGAUGUGCAUUUGCUACCUCUGUAUGUUCCAGGAGCACAAGAACCACAGCACAGUGACAGUGGAGAUCGAGAAAGCAGGAAAAGAGGCUGAGCUUUCAUUGCAGAAAGAGCAACUGCAGCUGAAGAUCAUUGAGGUGGAAGAUGAAAUAGAUAAGUGGCAGAAGGAGAGGGACCGUAUCAAGAACUACACCACCAACGAGAAAGCCACAGUGGACCAGCAUUUCAAAGAGCUGAUCCGUGACCUGGAAAGGCAGAGGGAUGAAGUGAAGGCUGCCCUGGACCAGAGGGAAAAGAUUGCAUCAGAGAACGUGAAAGAAAUUGUGGAUGAGCUGGAAGAGAGGGCAAAGCUUCUGCGGGAGGACAAGGAGAACAGAGAGCAGAUCCACCAGAUCAGUGACUCCGUGCUCUUCCUGCAGGAGUUUGGGGCUUUGAUGCGGAAUUACGUCCCUCCUCCGUCUCUCCCAACAUACAGCGUGCUUCUUGAAGGGGAGAGCAUGAGCCCAUCCAUGGGACUCCUCAGAGAUGACCUCCUAAACGUCUGCAUGAGGCACGUGGAGAAGAUCUGCAAGGCCGACCUUGGCCGCAACUUCAUAGAGAGGAACCACAUGGAGAAUGGUGACCAUCGGUACAUGAUGAACAACUAUGAGUGGAACCAGCCUGACAACUUGAAGAGAUUUUCCAUGUUCCUGUCUCCCAAAGCCAGUUUCAACCCACGAUCAUGGGAAUUUUCCUCCUUCCAAGCGACUGAGGAAACACUUGUAGGCAAUGGUACUAAGCUGCCUUUUCAGUUCUCCUCGGUGGGACAGAAUCCGCCUGGUGACUUCAGCAAACAGUCUGACGGGAGCCUCUUCACUAAGACCGAGAAGCCCUGGAGCAGUCCUACAACUGGCCCAUAUCUCCUGCCCUGAAUCUCUGAUACACGCACAUGUUUACAUGAGCAACUUACUCCGCUGAACCAGGGCAACAGGAGUUUAAUUAUUAAAGUGUUGAAAAGUAUUAAACAGUUAUAACUAGUGAACAGUUCAAGGGUUUUAAAUUUUAUUUGUAAUGGGUAGACAUGAGAAUUUCACAUGACUUUAGAGGUGAAGGAACCAGUGAGAGAAAGACACUAGGAACCAUGGAAUGGUUUGGGCUGGAAGGGACAUUACUAUCUGGUCUAACCCCUCUGCCAUGGGCAGGGACAUCUUCAACUCGAUCAGGUUGCUCAGAGACCCAUCCAACCUGACCUGGAAUGUUUCCAAGGAUGGGGCUUCUAUCGUGUCCCUGGGUGGCUGCAACCUGUCCUAGUGUUUCACUAAUCUCAUUGUAUUUUUUCCUUGUAUCUACUCUGAAUCUAUGUUGUUCUAGUUUAAAACCAUUUGCCCUUGUCCUGUUGCAACAGGACCUGCUAAAAAGUUUAUCAUUCUUAUAAGCCCCCUUUAAGUACUGGGUGGCUGCUCUAAGGUCUCCCCAGAGCCUUCUCUUCUCCAGGCUGACCUGCCCCAGCUCUCCCAGCCUGGCCUCACGGGAAAGGUGUUCCAGCCCUCUGACAAUUAUUGUGGCCUCCUAUGGACCUGCAACAACAGGUUCUUGAUCUUCCUGUGCUGAGGACUGCAGGGCCCCAGGUGGGGUCUCACUAGAGCACAGCAGAGGGGCAGAAUCACCUCGCUCUGCUGGCCACACUGCUUCAUAUGCAGCCCAGGAUAUGGGUGGCGUUCUGGACUGUGAGCUCACAUAUUGCUGGCUUAUGUUGAGCUUUUCAUCCACCAGAACCCCCAAGCCCUCCUCAGAAGGGCUGUUCUCAAUCCCUUCAACCCCCAAGCCUGUGUUAAUACCGAGAGCUGCCCAACCCAGGGGCAGGACCUUGCACUUGGCUUUGUUGAACUCAUGAGGGUCACAUGGGCUCACUUCUCCAGCUCGUCCAGGUCCCUCUGGAUGGCAAACUAUGGAAACUAUGUUCGUGGCCAUUUACCUCUCUAGCUUCAUCGGUAUUUUAAAACAGCUAUUGUCCUGAAAGAAUAAUAGCCACUGUAAAACGACCCUAAAAAAAAUAUGCUGUAGCUGCCUGUCCUCCUUCAUCUGAGCCAGAAUCACCCAUUCACCGUCUCAUAAACCUCUUUUCACUACCCACUAGUUCAAGGGCACCAGAGGUGGAAUCCAAGAGCAUCAGCACCUGCCAAGCAGAGUCAGGUCUAAUUAAUUUGCGAAUGGGAGAUGGUGAGGAAAGGCCAUUGCCUGAGAGCACUGAAACCGGUUGUGAUUCAGCAGGGCUGGUAUUAUUUUUGAAUCAGAACUGAGCUGAUGUAGUAGAAGGGGGUUAGGGCUUAUCAAAUUGCCAGAGGUACUAUCAUUAAUUUCUGACAUGAAACCCAGGUCUCGCCUCUUUGCACUAAUUAAAUAGCCCACAGUAUUCUUCGCAAGAGUCAGAAUGCUUAGUUCGGGACUUGGCCUAAAUUUAAUUGGACUGAUUGCAUUCCACCUCUCUGCAUUCCUCAGACAUUUUAAUUAGACCUUCUUUACUCCCUUUUCCUAACUGAUUGGGUGGUGGAAUAGGCAUCUGUCUGAUGGCUGUUUUGUCCCACCCCAGAAAUGGCUGCAUUUCAAUGUUAAGCAAUGCGAUACUAAUGAUGUGGCACUUCCAGUCCUGCUACUCAUCUUGACGCUCGCAAGGAGCGACGCGGAUGGUGGCAGGGAUGGAUCUAUAACAGGCUGUUUUAUGUUG